AUGGGGCCCCUUUCAACUUCAGUAAAUGGACAAACUAUUGGAUCACCAAUUCAAUCACCAGCACCAGCACCAUCACCAGCUCCUGAAUACACAAACCUAACCGAACUACUCUCGGUUGCAGGCCCAUUCAACACGUUCCUCGACUACCUUGUGUCCACUAAAGUCAUCGAUACGUUCCAAGAACAAGCCAACAACACAAAAGAAGGAAUCACAUUGUUUGUACCUAAAGACUCGGCCUUUUCUAAGCUCAAAAAACCGUCUCUUUCAAAUCUCACAGGUGAUCAAUUCAAGUCCCUUUGCUUUUUCCAUGCAUUGCCACAUUACUAUAGUUUAGCUGAUUUCAAGAACCUUAGUGAAAUUAGCCCUGUUAGUACUUUUGCUGGAGGAGAAUUGUACUCUUUGAACUUCAGAUAUGUGUCCGGGACCGUUCAUCUUAGCUCAGGAUGGGCUAAUACUAAAGUUAGUAGCGCAGUUCAUGCUACUUAUCCGGUUGCAGUUUAUCAGGUAGACAAAGUUUUACUUCCUGAAGCAAUUUUCGGGACUAAUAUACCACUAGUACCAGCACCAGUAGUUGACAUUGCCCCGGAUGCUGAUAGUCCUGAUCAUGGCAAAAAUGUAGCAGCAUCAUCUCCUGAUUCUUCAUCGCGUUCGUCUUCUUAUAGGAUGAUGAAUUGGGGCAUGUUGAAUCACUUGUUCUUGGCAAUUGUUGGUGAAUUCUUGAUGUUUUUGUUGUUUUAA